AUGCUCCAGGUUGCCAAAGCAGCUCUAGAAAAAGAAGAAUCAGAUACAGCCGCAGAGAAAGAGAGCUAUCUGGCUGAGCAUUGUCCUCCCUUGAGUCUGCCACACUCUCUGCAAGAUCUGCAGGUACUCACACAUACAUGUACGUCUCACAGCAUGGAGUGGAAAACAUUAGUCGUAUUGAUAUUAGAUAAAUACAGGAGGACAGCUAACAGCUAGUAGUAUUUUGUUAUCACACUACUGGAGAGAAAUAGCAUUUGGUAUUUACAUGGCUUUUUUAUUAUAUACAUUUUAUUUAUUUUAAACUGUGCAUUAAUUACAUUCCGUAUUUUGCUGUCCGACACUCUACAAGAGCCACAAAGUGUGGACUACCAGCCGUUGUAAACCUAGAUAUUCCAUCAUGUUCUUCUGGAACAUUUUUGUCCCCAAAUGUUUUUUUUAGAAGCAGUGAGGUCUUGUGAAACAGCUGUCUCAUUGUCUCAUCUGCAUUGAAUCUCCCAAUCUUCCGUUAGUGUUCUUAAUAUAGCUUAUAUUUAGUGGACAGUCAGUCAUUACGGCACACUACGCAAUUCAUGAAUGCAAUAGAUAGUUGGCAUGGUACUGCACAAGAAAAUAUUAUUGUUUGUAAGUAAAUGUGCAUCUGAACCUGAUUUUCAACUUUCUUGAUUGUUACGUUCUAUCUAUCCAGGAAUUUUGCAAAAAGUUGCAUGCCAAGAUUGAUGUGGUUGAUGAGGAGAGAUAUGACAUGGAGGUCAAAGUUCAGAAGAGCUCCAAGGAGGUGAGCAACAUGAACAAUUCAACUUCAAGAUAGCUGUAUGGAGGUUUGCAAGUCAGACCUAUCAUGGGGUCAGCAAGCACUUCACUCCUUUGUUAAAAAGCCCACAGAAAUAGAAGUUUGGGGGCCUCCCACUCAGACCUACAGUUGUACCUUUGAAAGGCUUCCUGUUAAAUAUAUGCUUCCCUUACAGACUUAAAUCAUCAUUCCAUUUGCCUUCUACAGUGGAAUUAGACAUUCAUGGUUCUUCUGUAUGUCUUUCUUUUUUUAAGCAACUCUCACAUCCACUUAUACAAGACUUCAUUUUGUUGGCUUUAAGAGUUACGCAUCAUAUAACUCCCUCUUGAUAUCAUACUUGUAUCAUACAGAAACAAUACGCAUAAAUUAUUCCACUGACCAUAUGCUACAUCUUUAGAUUUUUCAAUUUCUCUGAAUAUUUAGCUUCUCCUUUUUUCUCAAUCUAUAACAAACUACUUUAUUUCUAUCAAGUACUACUUAUCCUGUAUUACCCGUAAAUGAUGUCUGAGCCCAUUUCAUUUACUACGCAGCUGGAAGACCUCAACCAAAAGAUCUUUGACCUGAGGGGUAAAUUCAAGAGGCCCGCACUGAGACGUGUGCGUAUGUCAGCUGAUGCCAUGCUUCGCGCUUUGCUUGGUUCCAAGCACAAAGUCAACAUGGAACUUCGUGCCAAUCUCAAGCAGGUCAAGAAAGAGGACACCGACAAGGUAAGGACUAAAGAUAUACUAAAUCACAUCAAUAAUGUAAUUGACACUGAGACAAGGCAUUAAAUGAAUGAAUGCAGAAAUAUAUUUCAGUGACAAACUUAAUUAUUUCUCUGAACUCCGUAUUUGUCACAAAAAGGACCUCUUCUAUUUCCAAGUUUCGAACCACUAAAGAAAAAUUCAAUCAUUGUAAUGAUUUUUUUUUUUUUAAAUAAAAUUUUAUCAUAGAAAUAUUUCACACACCACUGUCAGCAGAGGAUAAAUACCAUUAUUUUUAUUACAUUUACCAGGAGAAAGAUCUUCGUGAUGUUGGUGACUGGCGUAAGAACAUUGAGGAGAAAUCUGGUAUGGAAGGCAGAAAGAAGAUGUUCGAGUCUGAGGCUUAA